AGUAAAGCAUGAUGUUCUUUGUUUCAGAUCUUGAUGAUGGUCGGCCUGCCUGCCUGCGGAAAGACCACCUGGGCCACAAAGUUUGCACAGACUAACCCUGAGAAGAAGUACAACAUCCUGGGCACAAAUGCCAUCAUGGACAAGAUGAAGGUGAUGGGUCUGCGCCGGCAGAAGAACUACUCGGGCCGCUGGGACGUUCUGAUCCAGCAGGCCACGCAGUGCCUGAACAGGCUGAUCGAGAUCGCCGCCCGCAAGAGACGCAACUACAUCCUGGAUCAGACAAAUGUAUAUGGAUCAGCAAGGAGACGAAAAAUGCGUCCUUUUGAAGGUUUUCAACGCAAGGCUAUUGUAAUUUGUCCCACGGACGAGGAUUUAAAAGAACGAACAUUAAAGCAAACCAAUGAGCAGGGGAAGGAUGUGCCCGAUCAUGCUGUUUUAGAAAUGAAAGCCAACUUCACUGUCCCAGAGGCUUGCGACUUCCUGGAGGAUGUGACGUUUGCUGAGCUGCAGCGUGAGGAGGCAGAAACUCUGCUGAAGCAGUACAACGAGGAGGGCCGCAAGGCCGGCCCGCCCCCUGACAAACGCUUCGACAACAGGCCGGGCGGGUUCCGGGGCCGCGGCGCCACCGGGGGCGGGGGCGGGAGCUUCCAGCGGUACGACAACCGCGAAGGGUCCCGUGGCGGCUACCAGAACCGCAGUGGGGACGGAGGCAGUGGAUACAGAGGCAACAAUCGUGGCAGCUAUAACCAGAACCGUUGGGGAAACCGCGACUCCGGCUCUGAUGCACGUAGCAGCUACAACCGUAGCCAGCCUGCAACAGGAAGCUACAACCGCCCCGCUCCGUACAACAAGGGAGCAUACAGCCAGGGCUACAGCCAGAGCUACAAUCAAGGGUACAAUCAGGGCAGCUACAACCAGAGUUACUAUGGCAACUACAGUCAGUACCCAGGAUACAGCCAGAGCUACAGCCAGACACCCACCACUGCACAGACAUACAAUCAUCACCACCAGCAGCCCCCACAGGCAGCGCCAGCACAGCAGCAGCAGCAGCAGCAGCCGCCGCCUGCGCAGCAGCCCCAGCAGCAGCAACAGACGCAGAGCUACAACCAGCAGUACCAGCAGUAUGCUCAGCAGUGGCAGCAGUAUUACCAGAACCAGAACCAGUGGAACCAGUAUUACAGCCAGUACGGAGGCUACCCUGGACAGGGCAGCCAGGGCUCCUCCGGCUCCCAGUAGCUCCACCCUGCAUCUGUCCUGCAUCCACCCGCGUCCUAAACACUCUGACCUCUGCAGCUAAAUGGAUUUUGUACAGUCCCACAAAUCGAGUCCCCAAACAUCUGUCUUCAUUCCACCAAUCAGUGUACACCUAAAACUGUAUGCAGUUUGAUGUCUUUUUUUUACUGAAUGAAGUCUUACUCUACGCAGUGACCGUGAGUUGGUAGAUGAUAGGUAUCCAAACAUUUAAUGAAUGUUAUCUAUUAUGAAUUUAAUAUGGACGUCCACAUUUUCCAACAGAUCAGAGAGGUAAUUGUAUACUUCUAGGAUGCAUCGUGUGGCAGGAAAAAUACAGCAAGGCCUAAAUAAUUUCGCUUGUUUUGAGAAAGCUUAACAAAGAACAAAAAUGCAUGCUUUUUACCUUCACCACCCCUUCCCUCCGUCUCGCUCUAUCUUUUUUCAGUUUCCGAGCUGGCACAUUUGUAUUUAUCCCGAUAAAAUCCAAAUAUUUUUUAUAGGUGUGAUACUGUAGUAUUUAAUCCAGUCUUUGAUUGGGAAGAAUAUUUGGCCACUCUUGCGUAGUUUGUGCAGUUUUCUUUUUUUACCCCUUUGUGAUCGCUGUCCAGUAGUUUAAAUCCAGUUGUGAUUUUUUUUCUACCUGAAAAUCUGAUAUUGACCAGUUACCCGAGCUGUCUUCUUGUCUUUAUACAAUAAAAUGCCAUUGUAUACGCC